CUCACAUUGGCACUUGUAGAAUCCGUCCGAUGUAGGGAGUGAUGAGAGGUGCGAUUGCAUUCGUGUCCCUGCCUGGCUGGCUGGCUGGUCGACGGGGGGGAAGAAAUCGGAACGGAGGCUGGCGCGUGUCGAGCUGUUGGCUUGCCUUGCCCGCCUCCCGCUCGAGCCAGACAGGGACAGAUGUUCUGAUCCGCACCUCUUUUCCUCACCAACACCCACGGGCACAAAGGGCGCUACUCUACUACCACCGCUAGACGCUAGACUGCUCCCUACUUACAGGUCAUCGCUACUGACAAGGUACUUCCAUUGCGGCAAAGCCCAGUCUUCCUCCUCUUCAAAGACUCACAAAUUCGAGCAGUCCAGUCCAGUCCAGUCCAGUCCAAUCCUCAAGUCGACAAGAUGGAAGCCCUAAUGGCCGGUAUGGGCGGUGGCGGUCAAGCCAAUUCGGCAGCGAUUCAAGCUCAAAAGGCACGAGAGAGGGAGGCGACGCAACUUCAAUCUUUUUAUCUGGAUAAUAUUGUGCAUAACAAUAAGCAGAUUUCUUAUAUCCGCUCCAUCUCCCUAGCCGUCGCAGGGAGCACAGCCGGCAUCCUAGGUCUCUCCUCCGGUCCCGGUCUCCUCUUCUUCCUCCUCUCCAUCCUAAGCAUAAAUGCUCUCAUCCUCGUUCUCCCCGCAAAAGGUACUCCACAAAAGUACCUACUCAACCCACCACCUCAAUCACCCUUGGGUUUCGUACUGGGAAUUGGUGGAUCAGUAGCUACAGCGGCGGCCAUUGCCUCGCCGGGCAUCAUGGCGUAUGGAGCUUCAGCUGUGCUUGGUGGAGCGGCGAGUAGUGCUAAUGCGAGGGGAGUGGCUAGAGAGCAAAAAGUUGUAGGAGGUAAAGAGGGAGAGGAUAUGGGCGAUGUUGCUUGGUACUUACUCGAGGGACUCAAGGGAGAGCUGCUCAGCUUUAUCCUCUGGUGGACCUUUUGGACUGCCAUUGUCCACGUCUACGAGUAAGGAAUGGAGCUAGACAGGAGGCGGCCGUGCUGAUAGCAACAGCAUGCAAUACCUCACCCGGGGUUUGGAGUGCUCUGAUCAGAACUUUCGGGAGGUAUCCCUCUCGGGACACGUUCCUCUCCGACCACAUUACUUGUCAAUCGUGGCCAACUCAAUAGACUGAUUGCGAAUAGAGCCCGAGGUCUCAACAAUGGCUCCGUCUUGUGUGAAGUGCAGCUCGUUCGCUUGACCUGAUCCCUCGGCGUCCUAUGCCAUGGUCCUCGAGAUCUUCGUCUGUCAGUCUCCCCGCACUACACCCAGUAAGGCAUGCAUGAGAACCAAGAGUCUAUUCAUGUGACAAUCGCCUUCCCUCCCUUCGACUCUGUGUAACCAGAAGCUCAGUCAUACCCCUCCUCUCCUCUGUGAGAAGGGCAACACCAUCUACAGAACUAUGCCUCUGACCAACUCCU